AUGUCGAGCUGUUUACUUGGGCAACAUGAGUUUGGCUACUGGACAAGUGAUGUCCCUUUGGUUCUGGAUCUGGAUGUUAUUCCCUAUUUUGAAGAGCUUAACAAAAGUAUGCGCACAAUUCAACUGAGCUCUUCACGCGCUCCCAGAAUGUCUUUAGCUCGUCUGGAUAUCCUGCUGCACUGA